AUGCCUGCGGAGGUGAAGGAGGAGCAGGAGCAGGGGGUGGAGGGGCCCCCAGCUCUGGUCUUGUCCCCAGACCAAAAGGAGGGAGGGGUAGAAACCCCAGGAGCCUCCGACAUCUGUGACGAACUGGACACGCCCACUUCCAUCGCCUCCGCUGUGACCUCGACCAAUGAGAGCUCCACAGAGACUGAUACACCCCAACAGACUGACACUGAGGAGUCCAAAGCAGUGGAGCGAGACCUAAAACUGGACCAGACCGAGAGUCCAGCAGCUCUGAGUCCAUCUGAGCAGAACCUCCAGACCCUGGGCUCUCCAGAACUCACCUCAACCCCAGUGGCUCCGGACCCAACUGGGACCGAGACACCAGCCCCAGCCUCUGAGACCACCCUACCCGAGCCCGCCCCUCUACCCUCCCCCACCCCCACCCCCGGGCUGCAGCCUGACGCCCAGCCAGGACCCACGGACACCCGGGUCUACGCCCUCCCAGACGGGUACCGGACCCUCGGCGGAGACCUGUGCCCUGGAUAUGGGAGUCUGUCCAGGGCCACGGUCCACGGGUACUGGCCGGCCAAGACCUACCAGCCCGGGGCCCACUUCACGCUGCCUUUCCUCAGGGACAGCUACACCCCGUCAGUCCUGGGGGUCCAGACGGAGGAGAGGGCCGAGACCCCGAGCGAGCUGAAGCAGGACCACCCAACGGGGACCUACGCCACGCUGGGGGGAGGCCAUCAGUUCAGACCCAUAACCACGAUGGAGCUUCUCAGAGAACCAUCGAGAACCAGGACGGGGUACGACGAUGCGUUCAUGGCCCAACUGGAGGGGAACCUGAACCCCUUCCUCCAGGCCAUGUGCCGCGCUCAGACCCUGCAGUUCCCCCACAAACGCAGCAGCAUGAUCAGCCUGGACAGCAUCCGGAGAGACCCCCGAUGGCGGGACCCCAACCUGCACGAGGUCAUCGCCAUGCUCAACCACCCCCUGGACCCGGUCAAGUCCAACGCCGCGGCCUACCUCCAGCACCUGUGCUACGAGAACGAGCCCAUCAAGCAGGAGGUGCGGCAGCUGAACGGGGUGCCGGUGCUGGUGGAGCUCCUGGACCACCCCAAACCCGAGGUGCACCGGAAGGCGUGUGGAGCCCUGCGAAACAUCUCCUUCGGCAAAGACCACCAGAACAAGAUGACCAUCAAGAACUGCGACGGGAUCCAAGCCCUGGUCCGGCUGUUGAGGAAGGCCAGCGGCGUGGAGGUCAAAGAGCUGGUCACAGGAACUCUUUGGAACCUCUCCUCCCAUGAACCUCUGAAGAUGUCUGUGAUAAACCACGGCCUCCAGACUCUGACAGAUGAGAUUAUAAUCCCUCACUCCGGCUGGAGGAGAGACACCAGCGACGCCUCCAAGAUGCAGAGCGCGGAGUGGACCACGGUCUUCAAGAACACCUCCGGAUGUCUGCGGUAA